AUGGCGCCGGACACGAUGCAGAGAUACAUGGAGAGACGGAGCCAUGAGAGAAAGGUGCGCUCGUUGGCGCAGUGGUCGCGGCAGUCGGAGGCUUUGUUGUCAAGGACGAGGGUGCCGAGGAGGGGGCGGGAGAGGAAGAGGGGGUGGUCGGCGGCGAGGAGGUGGCUGCAGUUGGAGAGAUUGGCUGUUAGCAAAAUGAAGGGAUUUCUGGAGGGAGUCAAGUGGGGAGAAUGGUGGUGGAAAGUACCCGGUGAGGUGCACUGGCUUAACGUUGAGGGGAUUCGCCAGCGGGUUAUAGGUGUUGCGGAAGACAUCGUCUUCGACAUCGGCGCUCGGUUCUCGAGGCAUGAUGGUGCAUUUCACUCUUUAUCUGUACACUCUGGGGGAGAGCAAGUGUGA